AUGAAAAAUUGUCCUGAACCAGGAUUAAAUGAUAUUAAUCAAUCUAAACCGUCCGAUGUUACACGAACGGAAAUGAAUGAUGGAGAAGAAAAUGGGACGGUCAUGACGACGAUAACAACAAGUGUUGCGUUGCCAGAUAACCCGAUUAUUAAUGAACAAGAAAUUAACCCGAUCCAAGAUAAUGUGACUGGAGGGACUACAACAAAUAUUUCAGAUGGAGUUCAGGUGAUGGAAAAGAUUUCAUUUAAUAUGAUGAACAAAUGGAACAUUAAGGAGAUACGGAAAGAUUAUGAAGAUUUCAAAAAAAGAGGUAUUGCUGAUCGGAGUAUGGAUUCAGAUAGUGAAUCUAAUACAAAGAAGGCAAACACACACAAUUCAUCUGCAUCGACCCUUGAAGAAGGGGAAGACGAUGGAGUGGAUAUGGGAAAUAAUUAA